AUGUCAACGUCGAAUUUAGAAAAUUCGAACUCCAUUUCCUGUAGAGGUGACAAUCAAUCUUCAAAUAUCGACACUGCAAUAAAUAAAAGAUGUUUAAAAAGGCCAAUUCCAAUUUCCGCACGACAGAAGACCAACACAAAAGCAAAUAUCGGAACAACUUCACAUUCCAAAGCAGAUUUACCAGAAAAUGGAAAUUUAACUCAAAGAUCGAAUUCAAAAACACGUGCAAGAUCGUCUUCAGUUGCUAGAAUUUCAAAAAAUUCAAAUAAUUCACAGAAACGAAUAAUCGAAAAUCAAUAUUUAACGAAGAAAAAUCGUUACAAUGUGGUGCGAAAAGAAAUGGAAAAUAAGCACAAAGUUGCUGUUGAAAUGUACGAUGAAGUAUUACAAUUACGAGACAAGGUAAUUUCAAUGGGAGCAAAAGAUCCAGGAAAACCAGAGGAAAUCGGUUUGAUUUCGUAUAUUGAUAAUGAAUUCAUGGAAAAUAUUGAAUCAAAUUUACACUCAAUACCAGAGAGUUUAAUUGAUUUUUGUAAAAAAGUUCUCAGCGAUCGAAUGGAAAUUGUCUCAUGGGUCAUGGAAUAUGAUCAUCAAGAUUGUGAAAAUGAUUUUGCAUUAAAUGAAAAAAUUGAAAUCUUCCGCAACGAGGACAAUGAAUUAAUUGAAAAACUUGAAUUCACCAGAAAACAACAAACGGAAUUAAUAGAAAAUCUAACGAAAAAAUUACAAUCACUUUGGACUGAAUGUCAGAGUUAUCGUUCGAAUUUCAAGAAUUCUGAACAAAAUAUUUUGGGUGUUGAGAAAUUUAAAAAUCUUUUGGAAAUUGAAAUGGAAAAGAGUCAAAAAUUAAAGGAAGGAAAGAGUUUGGUUGAAAAUCAAUUGGCAAAAGUUAGAAGUAAAUUGAAGGAUUUUGAAAAUCAGAUGAGCAAUAGUGAGGGGAAAGUGAGUCAAUUGCAAAAUUCUUUGGAGCAUUUGAAGACGCAAUUGAAGCAAAAGGAGGCACUUUUAGAACAGCAGAAUAAGGAUUUGCAGAAGGCUUCAAGAAGUAAUAAGAGCACUGUCAGUAAAUUGGAGGCGCAAAGGGAAACUCUCGAAUCGCGACUCGCCAGUUUAACAACAGAGCUGUCUAAUAAGACCAAUGAUUACGAAUUGAUUCAAAAGAGAGUAAAUCUGUUGGAGGAUAGAGUUAAAGAACUGGAUCAAGAAAAGCAACUAAGAUUGCAGGUAGAAGCCAAAUUGGCAGAAUUAAUGGAAUACAGUGGAAAAUUGGAGAAGGAAAACAAAGAAUUAUCGAAAAAGGCAGAAUCAUUGGUCAAUAAAGGAUUGAACGAAACUAAAUUGUGCACUGAACUAGAAGAUGCAAAAACUACAAUUUUAAAGCAAGAGGAAAGAAUCGAUCAGCUUCACAAGGAAAGGGAAGAAUUAGUAGCCGCCAUGAAACGGGUUUCUGGACAAGAACUAUCUGAAGAGAAGCAAAAUAAAUUAAUAUCGGACCUCACGAGAACGACGAAUGAGUUGAAAAAUUUUAAAGACGAAAAUCUUCAGUUAAAAAAAAAUCUCAAAUCUGCAGUAAAUAAGGGAGAAAAUGUUCAGAAGCAACUAACGGAAUUGCAUGCUCGUUUACAAAAUCAAUGCAAAGAAAAUGGAAAAGCCGAUUGGAGUGUUCUGAUAAUAGAUUUGCAACAGCAAAAUUCUGAUCUUAAGUGUACGAUAACCGACGUUGCGAGGCAAAAUAAAAAACUCGAAGCUGAACUUUCACAAAAGCAAGUUGAGCUUGAGUGUCUUCAGCAUUUUCAGGAUAGAAUAUUGAAAGCAAAGGAGGAGAUGAAAAAUAAGCAUCUGAAUAAAACUGCUCAGAAGAAAGUGGGUCCGGGUUCAUCAGCAACGCAGGAUUAUGAAGACAUCUUUAACAAACUCGAGGAGAAACAAACACGAAUAAUGCAAUUGGAAAAAAUGCUAAAACAAAUGGAGGAUCAACAGGAAAGAUCUCAAACGCAAAGAGUUCGUUUAGAGAGUCGAAUUGCCCAACUGGAAGUGUCGGCUAAAGAAAAAACACAUCGGUAUGUCGGGGAUUAUAAUGUGCCUGUUAAAAAUUUUCCAAAAACCACACUAAACAUACCCUCACCACCGGCAUCUAAAAAUUUAUUUCAAGAAUUACAACUUUCCUCGCCACGAAAUAAAAUUUCCAAAUUACCAAAAUUCAUUAAUAGUACAAGCAAUAAAAAACUUCCAACUUCUUUAAAAUCACCGCGAAUUAAAAUUUCCCCACGUAAUCGUUCAAUUUUUCACGAUAAGGAGCAAAAUUCUAAGAAUUCAAAAAAUCACAUUGACCACUUUCAAAGGGGUGGUCAACAAUUAACCCCAUUGACGAAUGCUCCCAAAGUCCCCAAAGUUCAAGAUUCUCAAUACGAUUGGUUAUUAAAUGCUUUUUCAAAACCCAGAUUUACACUAAAUUUGAAUACAUCGCCGACAAGGGAAUCACCUAGAGAUAAAAAUUUAAGAAAUAAAUCCGUAAAGUCCCGUCGAAUAUGUAGUCAAAGUAAGGAAUCGAUAAUUCGCGGUUAUAAAAGAAGAUCAUUUCGAUUUAAUCGACCGCAUUGUGAUUAUCAAUCACCCCGAAAGCAAACGCCCUCGAUUCGUGUUCGACAAUAUACUGUAUAGAACACUUUUUUUCCAA